AAUCUUCCAACAGAGAAAGAUGAAAGCCCCAGUGGGAACAAUUAUUGUUUCCUUAAUUUCGUUCCGAUUAUGUCGAGGCUUUGCCGAAUCGGAAUGGCACGGCGACGUUGGUCAAACUCCAUGCGCCAAAAUCCUCAUCGUCGCUCCGGUUUCCACUCUGAGCCACGUGUUCGUGUACUCGGAAUUUGCUGCAGGUUUGGCACAAAGGUGCCACCACGUCGACCUGCUAGUGCCACAAAAAGCCAGUGCACACGUGAAAACGCCAAACAUCCAGCAGAUAACGUCCCCGGCAUUCAAGCAACUUUCCGACGAAUUAUUUUGGUAUCAUUUGAACGAAAUGCCGAGCUACAAUUACGUCGCCGGGACGAUCGUGUUUCUCUGGUAUUUGAGUCACGCUCCGCGGGUGUGUGAAAGGCUUUUGCAAGAUGACGUUUUCCGGGAAUACUUGAACAAACCUGACGAAGAGUACGACCUGGUCCUGAUAAGUCCACAUAUUGUCGACGACUGCGCCUUGGCAUUCGCUCAUAAAGCCCGACGUGCCGGCAAACCUUGGGGGCACAUUUUCAGCAGCAUGUUGAUGCCGUGGGUUGGACAUGCCUUCGGGAAUCCUGGGCUCGGUAGCUACAAACCGUCAGCAAUGACAACCUGGUCGACUGAGAUGACGUACUUCCAGCAAGCAGUUAGUCAAAUCACCUACAUAUUCGUCAUGAACUUUCGACAUUUGUGGUCGUAUCCGAGAGUGCGAAAGGCUUUAAUCGAAGGCUGGGACUCAGAUGUGCCAAAUUUGGCAGAUCUCGAAAGCACUUCUGUGAUUUCAUUCAAUAACGAAGACCUCAGGGUUUUUACUCACCAAGAACCCCGGGUUGCUGACAUCAUCGACAUCGGGGGAGCUCAUUGCAGACCAGCGAAGGAACUUCCGAAAGAGCUCAGGGAUUGGGCGGAUUCGAAAACUGAAGGAUUCAUUUUAUUUGCCCUCGGAAGCGCCCUGAAAAGCGAAAAUUUUCCGGAAGAUGCUCGUGAAAUGUUCGUUGAAGCUUUCAAAAGGUUCCCUGAAAUACAUUUCCUGUGGAAAUGGGACCACGGUUCCAUGUCAGGAUUGUCAGACAAUGUGAAAUUGGCGAAAUGGCUUCCUCAGCAAGACCUGUUGGGUCACAAGAACAUCAGAGGAUUUAUGACCCAUGGUGGAAUGCUGAGUACCCAAGAAGCUACUUAUCACGGGGUUCCUGUGAUCGGCUUGCCCAUUGCAGCUGAUCAGCACACGAAUAUGGCCAAGGUGACGGGGGUCGACUCAGCAGGGGUAGUAUUGCACUGGGGAUUGCUAACAGUUGAUGAUAUAGUUUCCGCCGUCAGACGAAUCUUACAGGAUGAAAAAAUUUUGGGAAGUGUCAAACGACGGUCGAGACUAUUCCGAGACCAACCGAUGACACCUCUGGAAAGAGGCGUUUUCUGGACAGAAUACGUCUUGAGGAAUGGGUACGACACCGGCCUCAGAUCACCCACCAGGAAUUUGUCGUGGUUUGAAAUGUACUCAGUGCAUGUGUUCAUGGGUUUAAUUCUGUUAUUUGUUUUCUUCUUCGUAGUGUUCGUUUUCUGUUUGAUUCGACUGAAAAAUGCAUUGUUUGCAUCUAAGGAACGAGUGUCCAAUGAGCGAAAAUCGAGAAAUAAAAGAGAUUGAUGAAUGCCGGAUUGAUUCCAAAA